AUGGACAUGUUUGCGGAUUCUCGAGCACCCAUUUCUGCUCAGCUUCCUCUACUGUUUAGGGGUUUCUCCAGGUCUAAUACUUCCUCUCGAUCUACUGCAAAAGAAGGUGGAAGUCCUGAGACCAACAUAAAUUCUUUUGCUUGCAUGCAGGCAAUUUCUGCAAGCAGCUCUGAAGUUCCAUCAGUGCUUGAGAUCUUGCAAAUGAAGCAAGCGAAGCAGCUGUGCAUUACUAGCAACACGCAAUGUUAUGUUGGAAAAAAGUCAAUGUCCAUGGUUGCCAAGGCAAUAGAUGUACUGGUUACCCCUUACUCCCAGUCACUCAAAACAGGCAGUUAUCUAAGGGAAUAA